ACGAUCUUAUUUAGUGUAGUGCUAGUUCAUUCACAACUAUCACCGCGGAUUAACUUGUAAUUAUAAAAAGAUAAGUCAAAUACUAACAAACAGAUAAUAUAAACAAAAGGACGCGGCCCGAAAAGAGAAAUUAAAAGUAAGCGAUUCCCCGGCAUAAUAAUUGAAGUGAGAACACACGAAACGUUCCAUCUGUUAGCAACUGAAUAACAACAACACAUUAAAGCAGAAUUUGUUGUUGCACAAUAACGCAUUAGUGAAGUCUGCUAAGGAAGCGAAAAGCAAACAACCAUUUUUAUAAUAAGCGGAUAAGUCAACCGCGAUGCGCGCAGCCAUGGCCAGAAGAACACAAGUGCACUCUGUAGAUACACCUGAUAACACCGAAGAGCUUGAAAGCCCAGAAACCAUAGAGUCCGGUUCGUUAGCUAUACAAGAUGUCUCUUCAAAAACGGCACAAAAAGAUUUAUGGGAACGUCCAGCAUCUACAGUGGCACUCCAUUUGCCUGAUGAUGGUUCCACUAUAUUACGCUUUGAAAUCCAAUUAGCUCGUAUUAUGCCACCUGACGGCGAAGAUCUCAAGGUGAAACGUUAUGUAGUCUACGAAUUGUCAGUGCGUCAGGACUCUUCCAUUAUCGAUCCGCAACCAGCAAGUAUACAGCGUCGUUAUACGGACUUUCGUAAUCUCUACAAUAGCUUUAAGAAAGAUUUUCCAAAUAAGAUGUCUUCAUUGUAUUUUCCGAACAAGGUGCUUGUUGGAAAUUUUUCGGCUGAUUUAAUUGCUGAACGUAGUGCUGCUUUUGAGUCAUUUUUAACACAUGUCGCAAGUAAUAGUAUAUUACGUGAUACACCUGAGUUUUUACACUUCCUGCAAGACAAUGAACUAUCCAAGGCUUGCCAACUCUUAGAUGAGCGUCGCAAUGAAAUGGCGAUACCAUUGCUAGAAAAUUGCUUUCGUUUACUAAAUAAAAUCUUCAUGGAUCGUUCACGACCGGUCCUAUUAAUAUUGUGUCGCUUGGUUGCUGCGUGUACUAUGUCGCCGGUACCACAUCAUUCCGCCGAACGUUGGGCAACUUUGGCGCUGAGUCGUUACGAUACGCUGUGCGACAUUGACCUCCUACAGUUGUACAUUCCUCUGUUGCACACAUGCACACAUCUCUGGUGGCAGCGUGGUUUGGACCAGAAGCCAAUAACUGAUCGCCUUGAAGAAAUGUCUAGAAAAGGAAUUAAUACAAAAAAUGGUCCUACACUAAUUCAGGCUAUUCAUAAGUUGGAUCCUCGUACUGAGACUAUAUAAUCUAUAUACGAAACAGCGAAUAUACACAACCAUACAUACAUACAUAGAAAGAGUGCUUGUUCGCUUUUAGUACUUGGUAUUACUCAUUUUUAUUUACUAGUAGCUAAGAAAAAAAGUGCAAUUGUUUACAAAAUUACUGCGUUGUAUACAUGCAAAAAUGCAAAAAUGCGUGCGGCUAAAUUAUUGCAGUGUUUCGAAAUUUUAUUCGGAGGGAUAUAUGCACGUAUGUAAUGUAUAUUUAAGCAUAGUUAUGGCAGAUCAAGAUAAAUUUAAAUAAAAAUAAAUUAUACUUUUUUAUUUUUAUAACAUUCACCAUUGUCAAUUGUUUUACACAUGUUUAAUAUGCAUGUAUUUUAAACUAAAAAAAUCAUAUUUUUUAGAUGGAAUACUAAUUAUACUUUUUUCAUUGUAAAGA